AUGAAGGAGUGCUCCGAGAAGCGAAAUGUUUUAUCCUGGGCGGAAUGGUGCGAAGUGUCGUUUGACAUUUAUAUGUUACACAUGGUGGAAAACUACAACCAACUGCUCAAGAAAUGCAGCGGGUGCAUCAAAGGUGGAGUGUUGAUCCCGUGUCAAUGA